CGUUCACAGAGGCCAGCAGGGAGUUGAUGACAUGGAUCUAGAUAUCUCCAGGAUGGCAGGCUCCCUGUACCACUGGCUGUGGCAGCACGAGUUCUGGCUGCCUCCAGGCAUCACCUGGGAGGACAUGCAAGAGUCUGAAGACAUCCAAUACCCUCAGCCCCGGGACCUGCUGCUUAGCAUCCCCUUUGCCUUGCUCCUGGUGGGCGUCCGCCGUGCCUUUGAGAGAACCAUAGCUCUGCCCCUCAGUGCCAAACUGGGAGUGAAAGACAAGCAGAAACCAAAAGCUCAGCCCAACCCUGUGCUGGAAAGCUUCUACAGCAGGUGCUGCAAGCACCCCAAAGAGGCGGAGCUGCUGCGGCUGGCAGGGCAGUGCCGGCUGCCGCCGCGGGCGGUGGAGCGCUGGUUCCGGCGCCGCCGGAACGCCGACAGAGCCUGCGUGUCCAAGAAGUUCUGUGAGGCCUGCUGGAGGUUUACAUUCUACAUCAUCUCCUUCUGCACUGGGCUUGCUGUGCUCCACGACAAGCCUUGGUUUUGGGACCACAGAGAGUGCUGGACAGGAUACCCACAGCAGCCUCUCCUACCCUCCCUGUUCUGGUACUACCUGCUGGAGCUCUCCUUCUACUGGUCCCUGGUCUUCACCCUGCCCUUUGAUGUGAAGAGGAAGGAUUUCAAGGAGCAGAUAGUCCACCAUGCUGCCACCAUCUUCCUCAUCAGCUUCUCCUACUGUGCCAACUACAUCCGCAUCGGGACGCUGGUGCUGGUCAUCCACGAUGCCUCUGACUGCUUCCUGGAGCCAACCAAGAUCUUCAACUACAUGAAGUGGAAGAAAACCUGUGACAGCCUCUUCAUGAUCUUCGCAGCUGUCUUCCUCUUCAGCCGCCUGGUGGUCUACCCCUACACGGUGCUCUACAACACCUACUACUACUCCAUGGAGAUCUUCCAGCCCUUCUCUGGGUACUACUUUGUGAAUGCUCUGCUGAUGAUUCUGCAGCUGCUCCAUGUCUUCUGGUCCUGCCUGAUCAUUCACAUGGUGUACAAGUUCAUCCUGCAGGGCACGAUGGAGAAGGACAUGAGAAGUGACACAGAAGAAAGUGACAAGGAUGAAGAAAGGGAGAAGGAGCAGAAUGGGAUCAGAGGUUUCAGCAGCCCCACGCAGAGGAAUGGGUCUGGGGCGCCGAGCAGCAGGACCCAGCUCGCCAACGGCCACCUCAAGGAGCGGUAGCUGCUGCCCACCAGCUGCUGGAGCCCCUUCCACCCUCCCUAGAAACACUUCUGCUCCUUGUGUAGAUAACUGGAGUGCAGCUGCAGCAGCACAGCUGAGCCCCUGCUUCCCAGCAGCAGAGCCUUGGUGGUCGGUGAUGUGUGAGGAAGGUUUGGGUCUGGCUUCAAUAAAAGCUUAGCUGUAGGUCGUAGCUUGGAAGCAGCUGGAAGGGGACCCAGGUGGAGUGGCCUGCCCUGGGCUGCUCCAUAGCUGGUCAAUGUCUUAGCCCUGAACAAUGCUUAAAGCAAACCUGUGGAUACACUCUGGCACUGUCAAGCCUCAACCACCUCCUGGUGUUUGCUGGAGUCCCUCUCUAGCCUUGGUCAACCUCUGGAGGGCCUGGCCUGCUGCCACACCUGCUUAUGGCUCCCAACACAGUGUGAGACUCUGAAUCUUCAGGAGGGGACUCCUCUUGUGACAAGACAGAGUGCCCCCCACCCCCUCAGAGAAUGCAGCCUGGGCAUGGUGGAAGGACAGCUCUGGAAAGACAGAGAAGAAAACAUUUUCUUCUCCAAGGAAGUGCUGCUCUGUGCCUUUUGGGAAGGUCAGGUAGCUGUGAGCCAGCUCCCAGGGGAUCCUUUGAACCUCCCUCAGAAGGAAGCAGGUGAGAAGAAGGGAGGUGACCAGGAACUAGAGGAUCUAGGGGACACCACUGGUGCCAUGCUCAUGUCUCCACCUGGUAUGAUUGGCACAGCUCCUGGCAAGAAGGCACUGGCCCUGUGCUCAGAGGAGAUCUGCUGAACCCCAUGGAGUGAUGCUCCAGCAGGGCCUGCUGGCUCUGAGGCCUCAAGAGCAGGCAGGUGACAGCAGCCAUCCAUGGAGUCAUGAUGCAGCUCUGAUGCUCUCUGGUCAGCUCUCCCAGCUCUUGGCUCCUGUGCAGUCCUAGACUCUGGAUCCUGUAAUCCCUCCAGAGAGAUCCCUCAGCAGGAUCUGGAUUCCUGCUGUCUGCCACCAUGAAGCUGUGACACCCCAGCAUGAACAGCUUGACUGCCACCAGUGAGGACUGGGACUGCCCAGGCCAUGUGGACAUUACCCAGUGCUGGCUGAGGGGCACAGGGACCAAGGGAAUGCCUGGGGGGAGGUGGUGCUGGUGGUGGUGCUGGGCAGCAAGGGGCAGCUCAGCUCAAGAG